UGUGUACGCCAGCACAUGGCCUUGGUCAAGAUAACACUCGCGUCACCUAUGCGGUACCAUUUCUUGAUUGCAGGUGUGUCUUUGAUAGGACCAACUUCAGGACUCUACCGGUGCACAUCGACCACAAUGUUGACAUAUACACUUGCUGCUUUCUGUGCCACUGUUCUGGUGUCAGUUACGGAAGCGGCAGAUCCCGCUAGUCUCACAGAUUUGAUAAAGCUUCAGAUGCCCUGCCCUAUAUUUGACUGCAUGUACAUCGCGUGUCCGAGCGGUCAGUAUAAAACUAAUUAUGUCACGCUGAACGGCCGCAAGUGUCCAUCAUGCCAGACAUGCGUUGCGACAUCGUCAAUAACAGCCAGGAAAAUAUCGCCAAAUAUGCUGCCGUGUCCUAUUUUCGAGUGCAAGUUCUGCCCAAGUGGACGCUACACGCCAAACUACGUCACCGUGAAUGGUCAGUCUUGUCCGACCUGCGGCACUUGUGAGGACAUCCUCUCCAUCGCGGGCAGGGAAACACAGGAAACGGAUACAGAGUGCCCAGCCCCCAUGUGCGCGCCGACCAAUGAGUGUGACCAGGCGGACCUCGUUGUCAGCUACUUCGACUUCAACGGCAAAGAAUGUCCCGGAUGUAAAUCGUGCCCGAUGUAAAGUUGGAUACAGAUACAUGUUCGACACACAAAUACAAUAUAAGUACAUAUG